GCACUAUUUUGGCUGGAGACACGAACACAUAGGAAAAAAUAAUUCGAGGCAAAACAUUCUCUCUCUCUCUCUCUCUGCAAUGGCCUGCUCAUCUCCUCUUCAGCCCCGCCUCCUCUCCUCCUUCCUUGGCGACCGCCGCCUCAUGCAGUCCCCUAAUCCUCUUCUCUCCUGCAAACGAGGAAAUAAAAAUGAAGCUAUGCAACUAACAAGAACAUUGUGCAGUCUUGUUGAUCUCUUAUUCAAUAAAAGGAACCAAGAUGAGCUGUCGAAAGUUAAACGCAAGCGGCUGCGACCUGGAAAAGUAUCUCCUCGCCUCAAAGUUCCAGAUCAUAUAGUAAAGCCUCCAUAUGUUAAUUCUCGCCAAUCACCUGGAAUUGCCAGUGGACCUGAAAUUCAUGAUGUGGGAGGAGUAGAAUGCAUGCGUGCAUCCGGAAAACUCGCAGCACGAGUUUUAGAGCAUGCUGGAACACUGGUUAAGCCAGGCAUAAAAACCGAUGAAAUUGAUAAAGCAGUUCAUCAAAUGAUUAUCGAUAAUGGAGCAUAUCCCUCGCCUCUUGGCUAUGGUGGCUUUCCAAAGAGCGUGUGUACAUCAGUAAAUGAAUGCAUUUGCCAUGGAAUACCUGAUUCAAGAGAACUUGAGGAUGGUGAUAUCAUCAAUAUCGAUGUUACAGUCUACUUGAAUGGUUAUCAUGGUGAUACAUCUGCAACUUUCCUUUGCGGUAAUGUUGAUGAUGAGGCUAAGAAGCUAGUUGAGGUAACAAAAGAAUGCUUGCACAAGGCAAUCUCUAUAUGUGCACCAGGAGUGGAAUUCAACAGAAUUGGCAAAACGAUUCAGAAUCAUGCAGAUAAAUUUCGAUUUGGUGUAGUUCAAGAAUUUGUUGGUCAUGGUGUGGGACGUGUCUUUCAUUCAGAUCCUGUUAUUCUUCAUUACAGAAAUAAUGAACACGGACGCAUGUUGUUGGGUCAAACAUUCACAAUAGAACCCAUGCUGACAAUGGGCAGCACGCACCCAGUGAUAUGGGCUGAUAAUUGGACAGCAGUAACGGAAGACGGAAGCUUAUCAGCGCAGUUUGAGCAUACAUUACUCAUCACAGAAAAUGGAGCAGAAAUACUCACCCAGUGUUAAAAGGGAGGGGAAAAAAAUCUUCUUCAGAAUUUUCAUAAUUAAUUUUAUAUUAUUGUCUUUAUUGCACAAUGUCAAGGCAAUUAUUUUAUUCUAGUGUAGUAAUCUUGUAUUUGAUACAAGAAAAUGAGAAUUUUCUGUUUUCCCUUGAGCUUCACCUUGUAUAUUAUUCGUCAAAGAUGAAGUAUGUCGAUUCCUUUGAAUAUAAAAUGCACUGAUGAAAGCCACUCAAUUAAGGGAAGCCUUAUUUCCC